UUGCUAACAAAGGCGCUGUUGCGGCAAAACCACCUUUCAUUCCUUAUCCUUCUCUCUUCCCUCCUGGCUUGGCUUACCUGCUGCGUCUUGGUGCUUGAACUUUAACGAACCGUUGAAAUUUAAUUUAAAACAUGAACACUUUAAUCUCAACAUCCCUUAACAAUUAUCGCAUCUCAAAACUCCCCACUCAUCUGCACAACGGCUUAUCAUUAUGCAGCCAUAAUAAGUUUCGUAGCACAAGCUUGAAGGCUGUAAAUGCCAACGGAAAUGAAGUGGAGACACAGACAGUGGAGCAGGAGCCACCCCAGAAUGAACAGCUAAAACCUCAAUCCAAGGAAACAAUCGGCACCUCUACUGCACUUGAUAAAGACCUCAAAAAGGUUGUUCAAAAGACUGCUGCAACCUUUGCGCCAAGGGCUUCCACAGCUACCAAAAACCCCGCUGUUCCUGGAACUGCUUUGUACACUGUUUUUGAGGUUCAAGGGUAUGUUUCAAUGUUGCUGGGUGGAGCUCUAUCAUUCAAUCUCAUUUUCCCAUCUAAUGAACCUGACAUAUGGAGACUAAUGGGGAUGUGGUCAAUUUGGAUGUUCACAAUUCCAUCCCUUCGUGCCCGAGACUGCUCAAAGAAUGAGAAGGAAGCACUUAAUUAUCUCUUUCUCAUCAUCCCAUUGCUCAACGUUAUUAUUCCUUUCUUUUGGAAGUCAUUUGCUGUUGUAUGGUCUGCAGACAUUGUAGCAUUCUUUGCUAUAUAUGCAUGGAAGUUUGGGUGGCUGCAGAAGGCAGAGUAAGAGAUUUUCACGGCAUCAUUUCUCUUCGACUGGAUAGAUGAUUUCAUAACAUCAUUUUAUUUACACCGGCCGAGAUGAAGAUUAGUGAAACAGAGCACCAGAGGAUGCCUCUUAUUGGCAAGAAAUGUUUUUCUUCAAGUUUUAGAUAUAUGAUAUGAUUUAAUAUUUAGCCAAUAUACUUUUGGAGUACAGGUAGUCAUUCAUGUUUGUUCUGCUUCUGGGAAAAAAAUGUAUAUAAUUCAAAGUUCAUUUAAAGAAUCUUUGAAGUUUUUCUUCAAAUAUCUACUACAUUAUUUAA